ACAAUAACAAAAUUUGCUAAUAUUAAAUAAAAAACAAGUUUUUAAAUUAAAAAAUAAAUAAUAUGUCAAAAAAUUUAACCAAGUAAAAAAUAAAAUUUUAUAAAUUACAAUUGUUUUAUUUUAAAUGUGUAUUUAUUAAAAAUUUAAUUUAAAAAAAUGUUUAAAUUAAUUUUAAAGAAAAAAAAAAUUUAUAUUAUUUUUAUAGUGACAAGUAUUUUUUUAAUUUUUAUGUUCAUUAAAUUGACACCAGCUCAAAGAGAUGAUACAUUUCUUGAUAAUUAUUUCGAUGAACUACCAGAUAAACAUGAUUUGAUAAAUGAAAAAUCUAGUUCAAGUAAUAUAAUAUUCAUACAAACAAAUUCAUUAGCAAAAAAUGGUGAUCAAAAUAAAUUUACAGCUCGUCAAGCAUGUGCAAUUGAAUCAGCUGCAAGAUUAAAUAAUAAUAUGAAUAUUUCAAUAAUAAUAUUAAUAAAUAAUAAUAUAAAUUUUACACAAAAUAAUUAUGUAAAAAUAUUAAAUUUACAUUAUAGAAAUAUUUUUUUUAAGCCAAUAAUUGCAAAUGAAUAUUUUAAAGAUACACCACUUGAUAAUUGGUGGACCAGUGGUAUUUUUAAUAAUACAAGUAAAUAUCCAGCAGUUCAAAUGUCAGAUAUAAUAAGAUUAAUUGAACUUUGGAAAAAUUGUGGAUCAAUUUAUUCUGAUUUAGAUGUUGUUAUACAAAAAUCACUUGAUAAUAUGACAAAUUUUGUGGGUGAAGUAAAAAAUGAAAAUAUGGUUGCAAAUGGUGUUAUUGGAAUAAGUUGUGGAAUAUUAGGAAAAAAAUUUAUUGAAGCAUGUUUAAAGUAUUUAGAAAAAUAUUUUGAUGGUAAUAGCUGGGCUGGUAAUGGACCAGCUGUGAUAACAAAAAUUCUUCAAAAAUUAUGUAAAACAAAAAAGACAUCUGAGAUGACACUAAAAAAAUGCAAAGGAUUUACUGUUUAUCCAACUGAAAAAUUUUAUCCAAUUCAUUAUAGUGAAGAUAAUCUUUAUUUUGACAUUGAUGAUAAUUAUAAAAUAAUGAAUAAAAUUAAAAAUUCAUCAAUUAUCAGUAUAUGGGGUUAUUCAAAAAAUAAUAGAACAAUUAAAGUUGGUAGUAAUGCACCUUAUGGUUUAGUAGCUAGCAAAUAUUGUCCUAUUAUUUAUAAAAAUUGUGAGAAUAAUAUAUUUUAAUUUUUAUUAUUUAAAAAAUGUAUUAUUUAUUAGUAGUAAUUGGAGGAAAAUAAUUUCAUUAGAUUUAUAAAUGUAUAUUUAAUUUAAUCGAAUAAAUAAAUACUUGUCAAUUUAGAAAAAGUAUUUAGGUAUUAAAAGAUACAAGGUGAUAAAAAAUAACAUUUAUAUUUAACACUAUCAGAUGUGUAUUAAUCAAUGUUUUGAUAAUCUCGGCUAUCGGUUAUCAAACAAUUUCUCGAUAAUUAUUAUUAUUGUUGGAGUAUUUAUUUAUCUUCACAGUCAAACAGUUUAUUUUUUUAUUCCAACAUAUGUGCCAUAAGAUAUCAUUCAUGAUAGAUAAGAUUAUAAAUAUUUAUUUUAAACUUAGUACUAUGAAACAAGCCUCAUUCUUCUCUAAUAAUUAUCACGAGAUGCUGUCAUGAAUUUGAAUAAUAUAUAUAAAACUAAAAAGAAAAAUUAUUAAUUUUAAUAAAAAUCAUGAAUUUUCUACAAAUUCAAUUAUUAUUAACAUUUUAUGUUUUAUUUAUUGGAUUUUUUUUUCUGAUUUAUCAAAUGUCACAAAUAUAUUUAAAUCACCAAAAACCAC